AUGCCACCGCCCUCUACAGAAGAGGACAAGCACGCAGAGAUCAAACGUCUGACAACAGCCAAGAACAAAUUACGAGAACAAAAGUCCAGGAAUGUAUUUUACAUAGCCAGCCAAAGAAACUUUAGGGCUAAAAACAAAGCAAAACCAGUUACCACUAACCUUAAGAAGAUAAAUAUUAUGAAUAAAAAAUUGAUUCCUCAGUGGCGUCAUGAAAGUGAACCAGUUAAUGUUGAAACUACAAGAUUAAUGGCUCUGUUUGUAAUACAGUGGCGAUGCAUCUAA